AGAUUCUGCACAUCAGUUGCAACUCGUUUUUCAGUUGUGUCGUGUCGAUAAUUCGAAUUUUGCAGAUGAUUGCAUAUUGUCGUGUUCAUAUCGUCCGAGUAAUACAAUAAAUGUAUCUAUUGUAGUUAAGCAUCUGAAGAUCCGUGGAAGUAUUCAUCGGAAGGGGCAGGAAACCUUAGCAUUUCCUUUUUCGCGAAUGCCUUUGUCUUGCGUUUCCCUCCAGUCGUCGAUUGAAAGUUAGUUUUUGCCUGACCUUCUAUGUGUUUUUUUUCAAAGCGGAAUCUAAAAGUGAACCUCUAACUAGAGCUGGACCACCAAGUAAAGCACCUACAUCUACAUGUUUUUUUCAAAUGGCAAUUACCGUUCGCGCGCUGCCACCGAGUAUGCUGGGCGCUACGGUGGAGGCGUGCUAUCAGCUGCAAGUGCAGGUAGCGGCUCGUCGAGUUCGUCUUCUUCACCCAAUGCACGGCUCGUGGCGGCGAGCGCCAUGGUACCAGCAGGGAAACCAACAAUUGGACCAGCCACCACGUCGCACGACCAGUGGUCAGAACGUCGGCGCGGCCUCGGCCGCUACUCCCCGGAGCGACAGCGGAACAUUGACGAGAGAAACGAGGCGGCAAGCAAGCGGUACGAGUCCGACGAGGCCUUUCUGCAAAGGAUAAACCGAGGUGGCUCUUCGACAUCUGCUGCGAAGAAGAAAACCACAACGCACGAUAUGACGUUUCAGGAUGGCGAUCACCAAGCUCACCCGACGAGGAAUCUGCCUGGGUCAACACCUUAUUCGCAACCAAGCAGAGCAACGGCGGAACAGAAAGUCAGAAGCCUCAAAGACGCGGCCAAGAGGUUCCGUUCCCCGUUCUGGGAGCUGAAAGACAAGUUUAGCGACUUUCCGACUUCCGCCUCGGACUUGACGGUACCGCACAAGAAUUUGCUGCAGCAGAUCGUCCGCGUUUUGUACCCGCGCAAAUUCUACUACAAGUCCAGCUUCAAUUUGAACGUGAACGUUUUGUAUCGGAGAUUGAAGCUGCAGAAAAAAAAGCUCGAGGAUUUGCAUCUGCUGUCGGGAAGGACCACAGGAGUUUCGGUGGUUUUACCAGGACAUGUUGACGAACGCGGAACAGAUGCCGGAGGAGGAGGUAAAGCGCAAAUGCAAAAGACGGCAGAAGAUGAGCAGCUGAAGAAGCUAGCUGGCCAGGAGAAAGAGAUGAGGAAAAGAAUCAACAUAGCGGAGGAAAGGAUCGCGGAAUUGCGAGACCAGAUCAGAGAGAAGGAGCAGCACCGGUUUCUGAACACAGCGAGUACAAAAAUCAGCGACACGGAACUGAUGCUGCUGAAGUAUUCGCCAGUGGAUACGGAAAGAUUGCUGCGGCGAUUUUUGACCAGAAUUUUGAUCCAGAAUUUGGGUAGUGGGGGAGACAGUGGACCACGCGGUGAGGCUGGAGGACCCGGCGUGGGAAAUGUUGGCGCUAGUAGCACCACUACUGGCACUACUUCUAGCACUUUGAGGAAGCUGUUUUCUAUUUACUUGCGAGACCACGGAGAGGACCAGACACGAAGUGACACAGACGUGCAGGGAACAAAAGAUCGUCGUGCCAGUACCACCGACAGCGAAACCGACGGCCUGUUGCGUAGCUCCUCCUCUGGCGAGGAGGAAAAAUCGGUCGGGGACCACAAAAUGGGGGAAAUAACCCGUGCAGGAACCAUCGACUUGCGUUCUGGUGCGUUUACGUUCAGCGACUUGCUGAAACUGCAGUUUGUGUUGCAGGACUGGAAGCAACGAGGGACGUUGCGCAACAUCGUGACUGACCUAGUAGAGGAGGCAGAUGCCCCCGGCAAGGAGACUGAGACCUCCGAACCUGCUCCUGCUCCUGCAGAGCCAGGACCAUCACUUCGCAUUAUGGAUUUUUUUGAGCCAAACGAGCUGAAAGCACUUUUCCUCGCGGUUGACCUCCUUGUUGCUUACCAUAAAUCGAAACGGAAACCGUUUGAAAUCAAGGUGCCAAAUGAGAUUUUUGGCGAUGCAACAGCAAAAGAGCGAGAGGAAGAGCUGCGGCGACUGGUUCCUUUUGGAAAAAGCAGUGGAGCUUUGUCUUCCUCCAGCUCUUCUGCUUCCUCUGGGCGGAAUUUUCUCGCGAAUUUUUGCGGACGCGAGUCGAAGGAACGGCGGGUUUUGCUAGAUAAGGAAAUGGACUUGAUUGUGCUCGCGGUCAACGAUUGCCCAGUUGGUAUCGACGAGGAAAACGUUGCGAGGACUGCGAUGAAAGUUGCUGCAGACGACGAGAGCACAAACGCAGCUGCGCUUCCGUUCGCGAAGCAGCUGUCGCCGAAUGCAGUCGUGGCUCCGCAGCUGCAACCAGCAGCUUCGGAAGAUCUUGAAGUUGAAGGUCCGUCAAACAGCAAGAAGCGGGUGACGUUUGAAGGCGAUACAAAAACCGCCGACACGACUACUGUCAAGGCCGGUGCUCGUGCUCCUUCCAAACCGAAAAGCCCACCGUUUUCCCUUGGAUCGUUCGCGGCCGCUGCCGCAGCUGCCAAGCAAACCAGGACAAGGCUGGCGGAACAAAGAAAGGAAGAGACCUUCCUGCUGAUAGCCUUGGAGGAUUUCGAGCAGGACAUCGGGGAUGGCGCAGAGUCCUCCGAUGCGGAUGGCAUUCUGUCCGAGAGUUCAUCUUCGGAGGGUUCGCCAGAGGAUUCGGAAAACGAAGAAUUUGCAAGGGUGCCUCACUCGUCAGAGGAGGAGGAGGGAGAGGAGCAGACGCACUUGAGUGCUGGAACCAGGACAGCUAGGUCGAGGUCUACUAGUUCUUUUCACCGCAACAGCGCUGCUUCUGCAGCUUCUUUGCGGUCAUUCUUGGCUGCGACUGCCACUCGCGGGAUUGCGACGCGGGCAGUGGUCACGCGAGGGAGUAAUGGGAGAGGGAGUGCAGGAGUAGGAGAUGAGCGUCAUCACGUACAUCUUCAUGCCGACACCAAGCUCGCAAACAGGCAGCGCGCCAUGGAGGGGAACAGUGCUGCCGUUGAUGAUCAUGAACACCAAUUUUCCCCACACAGUCGACGACCGCAUGCUCAUCUCCACAGGAGAGAAAACAGCCAAAACGAGCACGCGGACGCGAAGACGCGGCGUCGGUCGCCCAAUGGAACUGCGGUAACAUCAAAGCCACGACCUGGAACUACGACUUUGAGCAGUUCAACAGGAGCACAACUAGAACUACAAGCACCACAUGCAGCGGAUCACUCUGCUUUUCCUGAAGCAGGUGCAACUGCUCAAAUGAGUCACAAUGAUCAAGAGCAUCGAGAGCAGCAUGACCCUCAUCUCCCGCUCAACCAGCUUUUAUCCAACUACCUGCAAAAAGCAGGGACGAGUUACAAGCGAAAGGCGGAUCGCAAGGUUUCGAUUGUGGAGCUAGAGCACUUGACACCGAUUAUCGUCCACGGUAUGAAGUACUUCGAAAAAAAGUCGCAGAAUACGGAGAGGUUGUUGAUCCAAACGCUUCGGGAGUUGAAUUUCCGACGCGAAGUGGAGGCGGAGAAAAAUGAAAGGCAAUGGCUCAGCCCGACUGCUUUUGGAAACAAGACGAGAGCCAGCGCAGGAACCAAUCCGUCUGUUUUUUCGCAAAAUGCAGCUCGACAAGGUGCGAGUGGCGCGGCGGCGACAGCACCGACUCUCUUCAGUACCAGAUACAACAACAACAGCAAUGUUGCCUCAUCUACAACAACGCCGAAUGCGAACGCAUUCGCGAGCAGAUACACCAGACAAAGCGAGCGCGAUUCGGAGGAGUUGUUGAUGCUGCGGGAAAUGGCGAGGGCUGUGCAGGAAAUGCGACGCGACCAGCAAUUGGAAAAGCUUGGGACGGUAGUUCGAGAGGAGCACAACAAGAAAAUAAACGUAGCCCGGGAACAAACCCAAGGAGCGGUGGGGACUUCGGAUGAAGAUGAUCUUCACGACGAAGAAGGUCAUACUACUUCGCGACAACAAACAUUCUCGGAUGUUGUUGGCGACGCUGAGACCGUAAACGUGGCGCGUAACUUUCACCCCGGUAAUGAAGAGCAGAGAAUGCGAAGACUGCUGGACGAGAUGGGGACGGAAUUUUCGAUCUUUCCGAAGAAGAAAGUCCCGGACUUUUUCCCAAUGCUGCCCGAUCCAGGACGAGGAAAGCAAAUACAUAGCGGGCAAGAGCCAGUCGUGGCAGAAUAUGCCAGUACGCGUAACGGCGACCCGCCUCCGCGACACGAACAGCAGCAUCAUAAAGGUCAUCACUUGCCGCGCUCCACCUCCACUGCUGGAAGGGCGCAGCAUAAGAAGGCCGAGCUUGGCCGCCGUCCUGCACGGUCGCCCGGCCACUCUCACAGGGCCCAUGCGCCAGGUGGGUCCUCUGCGCAUCAUCAGCAGACGCAAGCGGUGCAUCACCAUGCGCCAAUUAGCGACGCAGAUCAGCACUUCUACAAUCAUCAUGGUCCUGCUCGUCACCAGGAGGACGCGCCACAGCCUACAACGGCAAUUUCUCACUUGCCCCAGCACCACCACAAGCGUCACCUUGCGGGCGUGGCUGGUGAAGCCGAUGCACAUGGAACUAAAGAGGCGCAUGAGAAACCAGCUGUCCUCUGGCGCAGCACUGUGGAGUACUCCACUGAGGAGAUGAUGAAGCGGCUGAAGCGGGAUACCCGGUUCGCUGUAAAGCUACCGUAUGAAAGAAACCUUGUCUCAUCAACCGCCAGAAGUCGUGCUAGAAAGCCUCAGAAGAAUGCUCAUGCGCACCACAACGACCACGUUGACGACAAUUAUCCUGCCCUGGGCCUCGGUCACGACAUUGGAAAAUUUGAAGCAAGAAGCAAAGCGAGCGCAGCUUUAGGACGAGCAGAGACAGCCACGCUGGAGCACCACAAGGAGAAAUCGACGCCGCCCUCUCCUAUGCAGCAGGAUCAUCGGCACGAGGUCGAGGACGGAGAAAAAAACCACAGCGGCACACCGACGGACCGGUCGCGGUUCCACCAUACGUUGACAGCGGCAGAAGAUCGUGCGGGGCAUCGACAGGUCGAGCAUCUACGUCCUGGUGGGAAGCACCAUCAUAGCCACGUUCACGCAAGGCCACACACUAAGAUCACGAGGCUCAAUACAGACAAGAAAGUUGUUGUAUCACAUGAAAGUCAACAUCAAGAUGGCGACCGUGGCGCGCUGUCGCAACAAGGGACGACAAACGAGAAUCAGCAUAGCCGCGACGAUCGUGAAGGAGUGCACGACCUCCAUGCUGCCAAACCUGCGGCGCCGGUCCCGAAAAGAACGGCUGCUCCCUUGCAGUUUUAUCUAGAAGAGGUUGAGGACCACGAGAACGAUCCAAUUUUGGCCUCCGAAGUUGUGCCGAAAACGGACUCGAAGCCCAGCAACAGAAACUUGUCUAUCGGUGCGGCGAUGGAAUUGCUUUGCGGAAACAGCAACAGAUCCACUUCGAAGACGUCAUGGUCUAGUGAUAGUUGCAGCAGAAAAUCUUCAAAAGCAAAGCCGCAAUCGGAACAAAGCUCUUCGAAGGACAUGAACAAGAACUUCGUCAUUCCACAUUCCGAUCUUGAUGUAGAACAGCAGAGCGAAGCAUGCCAAGAAAUAACGGACGAACUCCUUUUUGCCACAUCGACAUAAAGCACUGCUUUAGAAGCCGCGGGGCGACGAGUGACAGAAAAUUUUUGACUUCAUCUAUUUGUUUCCUUGACGCCUUUGUCACAAG